AUGGCGCGCUCCUCGCCCCGGCCACUCCUCGUCGCGCAGGGAUUCCCACUUCCAGGCACGACAUCAACAUCAUCGCUUCCGGACAUCGCAGGGACACCUCCUGUUCCAGCACUAUCAUACUGGCUCCCAGAGACUCCUUCGCCCCUCUCGUCUACGGCUCCAUCAUCACCCGUCAACCAGUUUCUUCUGCCUCUGCCAUCGGAGCCGCUGUUCAGCAUCGCAUCGCCGCUGCUCCCUGCAUCGCCAUUAUCGAUGUUUGAUUACUCCAUGUCGCCAGGUUUCACGGUGUCGCCGAUGAGUUCAACAUUUGGGAUAGGCGCGAUGUCGCCAGUGUCGCCAACGUUCUUGUUCAGUCGCACACCAACGCCCACCUACAGUGACAUUCGCAAAGUUAUCUUCACCUACGGCAAGAAGCUUUCUCUUGCCAAUGUCUCCGUUGUCGCCGCGGUUCAUAUGGAUGUCAAGACGCGACAAAAAUCAUCGAUUCAGGAGGCAAUCAGUACUAGCCCAGGGCGAAAGGAGUCGGUUCAGCAUGCGCUGGAGGAAUUGAUGGAUCGAAAGGCAUCCAUCGCCAGUGUGCUAAGCAUGGGCCAGCAGCGUAUGACGAUGAAGAUCAACUUUUAUCAGUGGCUUGCUGUGAGAAGAUGGGAGGGUAUGGAGAAGGACGAGAAGAGUCGAUGGGGAAGAUGGAGGGCAAAGAAGGUGCAGGGUUUCUGGAAGAGGAUGGUUGGACAAAAGAGAGAGCAUGAGGAAAAGCAGACCCCGGAGCGCAGUCGCAUCAAGGUGUUACGGGAUGCGGAGGCAUGUCUCUGA